GCUCGCAGGGAGCAAGAGGGAACUGCUCGGAGGGAGCAGGUGGAGAGGCAGCCCCGCUGCAUUCAUGGCACCCGGCUGCUUCCCUGCAGCCCUGCGCCAGCCGCUUGCCUUCACCCCACAACCCCUGGCUUGGAUGUGCGGGCUGGUGUCUUCUGAGGAACUGAUGCUUUUGGUCCAGACUCCCCACCGAUGGCUCUGAUCAACUUUGCCGCCCCUGCAACCCCCAGCCUGGGACCCUCUGCCUCUCCACUGAGAGUAGGGAUGCUUGCUUUCCGCCUGGCAGGCUGUGCCAGCCACCUGCCAGUCGCCUCGGAGUACUUUCCUAUCACGUGUCCCUGCCUUGCUGUGUCGUCAAGCCCUCUUAGUCUGUGAAAAUUCCCCCCACUUCACCAGUAUCCUCUGGGGCUGCUGUCUCUUUGGCUUUCUGGUCUUCAUCAGCCCUAUUCCUUGGCCAAUUCCUAUUCAGAUCUUGCCCUUGAUCUUCUGCCCCUUUGGAUGCUUUGAGAAGAGUGGACAGCUUCACGUGGAAGGUACGGGCAGAAGUUAUCCUUGUUUGAUAGGAUACUGGCUGCAGUGGGAACGAUUUGGGAGCCAUGGGCUGUCGGCUUGUCCGUGGCCUCUCUGGAGCCGCAGUCUUCCUUGUCAGCGUGGCUCUGCUUUCCAUGCGGCACCGUGGGGCUCAGGAAACAGCUCAGUACCCAGGGCUCAGGGAGGGGAUGCUGGAGAAGCCAGAGCAAUGGAGGAAAGUGAGCCCAGAAGAUGUCAUGGGAGGUGGUGGCAAGGGGCAGAAGGACCUGCAAGUCCAUCCUCCGGAGGGAUACAGGACUGAGGGAAGCCUGACCCUUGGGGACAUUUUCAUAGCUGUGAAGACAACCAAGAGAUUUCACCAGAGUAGGAUGGAGCUGCUCCUGGACACGUGGAUAUCCCGAGCAAGAGAGCAGACCUAUGUCUUCACUGAUGAAGAAGAUGAUGCCCUGAAAAGGAGAAUGGGUGACCACGCAGUCUUCACCAACUGCUCUGCCGAGCACAGCCACCCAGCCCUCUCCUGCAAAAUGGCUGCUGAGUUUGACGCCUUCCUGGCCAGCAGCCAGAGCUGGUUUUGCCAUUUAGAUGAUGACAACUACCUGAACCCUCAGGCCCUCCUGAAGGUCUUGUCCUCCUACUCUGCGACGUGGGACGUUUACCUGGGGAAACCCAGCCUGAACAGACCCAUCUGGGCCUCCGAAAAGCUGCCAAACAAUGAGACGAAAUCUGUGCGCUUCUGGUUUGCCACAGGAGGAGCUGGGUUCUGCAUCAGCCGCAAGCUGGCAAGCAAGAUGGUGCCUUGGGCCAGUGGCAGGAACUUCCUGAGCACUUCAGAGCUCAUCCGCCUGCCGGACGACUGCACCGUGGGUUACAUCAUUGAGUGCAAAGUUGGUGGGCAGCUGCUGCCCAAUGCACUCUUCCACUCCCACCUGGAGAACCUCCAGCUUAUCCCCUCCUCUCGGCUCACGCAGCAGGUCACCCUCAGCUAUGGUGUCUUUGAGGACAAGCUCAACGUUAUUGAACUCAGUGGCCCCUUCUCACCCCAAGAGGAUCCCUCAAGCAGGUUUCGAUCACUCCACUGCCAUCUCUACCCCGACACCUCCUGGUGCUUGCAGGCUGUUGGCUGGUGAUGCCUCAGCCUCAGCUAAAGUGGGUCCUGGUGACAUCCAUUUACCUUGUGCAUGUAGGAAGUGGGACACUGAAGAAGCUUGGUGGUUCCAACUUUCCCUUUUCUAUGGUGGUCCUGGGGCUGUGUGAUGGCUUUUUUGGUCCUUGCUGAACACUGGUGACACAGGACAAGAGAUGAUCUGUGCCAAAGAUGGAUAACAUGGGCUGGACACAUGGACGGCCUUCCCAUCUGUGCUGGGAUACAUGCAAGGGAUGGGAUCAGUAUGCCUUCCUGAGCAGAUCAAGGACUGGGUGGUGACUGCUGGGCAUCUGGGUAGAGAUGGGGACCUGCUGCAGCUCCUUGCUUGGAUUCAUCUUGCCGGACUAGAAAGGCCUUGGGUAUGGGUAAUCAGUUCCCAGCUGAGGAUGGCUGAUAGCAUGACGUGGCUCCAGCAUGUCUGAGCAGGCCCUUUUCCUCUGUAUCUGCCUGUGCUUUCCCCACCACCCACUCUUCCCAGCUACAGCCCCUUGGCUGAGUUUCUGCUUAGUCAAGGUCUAUAGAAAUGGAAAAAUAUGAUCAUUUCUGUGGUGAAUGAAUGCUGGAAAAGCGUAGUCCUUGCCUGGCAGAGAAUAGAUGGGCAGGAAGUACAAAGAAUCAGGAAUCCCCCUGUCUGCUGGGACAAAGAAGAGGGUGUGGCGUGGGGGAGCCAGGAGGAGACAGUCUGAGAUGAAGAUGGUUCCUGCACUGAACAUUGAAGGCUUGAUCUUGUAUGGCCCUGCAUUAUUCCUCUUUUUACCUUCUUGAUAUGGGGUCAGGAUAAUCUCUUGCUCUAAUUACCAACCUGUCAUCUAAGAUUAGACUCCAACUCCUACCUGUGAGAGAGGAGACAUAAAGGAUUAAGACUGGAUGAAAGAGAGGAGAAAGGAAGAGAUGGAGAAGGAGUGCUCAGGAGCGGAUUAGAGGUUACAGCUUUAUAAUCUUCUCAAUGCCCCGACCAAAAAAAUUAAGUCAUGAAGGAAUGGAAACAGCAAGGCAAAGGGCUCUUUAUCCCUGUGGUUUUUUUCCUCCAGAUGCUAAGAGCAGCUUUCUGCCUUCCUGCUGUCCCUGCUGAGCGCAACAGGGGAAAGGAGCAGGCCCAAAUAGGUUACGAGCUUUCUGGCACAUUUGUGGAGAGUCAUUUUCUCAGUACAGAGCUUGGUAUGAAAGCUGGGCAACUCUGCUUGCUGGGGAAUGAACCUUGGCACCAUUUUGUCCUUGUACACAUGGUUAAAUGGCUGAGGGAGAGCACUGUAGGGAAAGCUGGAAGGCAAAGGGGCUGUUCUCAAUGGCAGGUGGUGCCACAAACAGGUAUUUCUCUUUAAAGAGCCUUCCAAAACACACUGCUGGGAUCUGUGAAAUAUUCCUGUAAUCUCCAGAUGAAAGGACAAAUGCCCUUUCUCCAAAGAGCUGCUUAGCUUUGAUGUUGCUGAUGUGACUAAGCCUGCUGCUGGUGGGCUGGAAGAGCCAAGGGCAACUAUCACUGUGCCUCUGCUGUUUUGAAAACUGACCACCCCGUCACCUCCUCCCUCCUGACCCCCAAGCACCAGCAUCUACACAGCACACAUGAGGUUUGAAGGAAAGGUGUCAGAAAGACAUUGCACCUCUGCAAAGGGGAAUCUAGAAAUGAAUGAGCACUUCAGUUUCUGGAGAAGCAUAAAUCAGGAGCCUGUAGAGCUGUUUUCCAAUCUGGUCAUUGUUACCGGUGUUUAACCAGCUUGUGAAGCAGCAGGGAGCCCUGCUUUCUUCUCUUGCACAACGUGCCUUUGUGCUGGAAAUUCGUCCUGAGCAGGGACAGGGGCUAGCUAAUGCCAAUGACCAUUCCUUGAGUUGUGCAAAGCACUUGGCUCUCACAGCUAUCAGAACCUAGGAACCAUGCAGUUCAAAACAGAGACACCCAACUAUUGGAAGGCAGAUGCAGCAUAAAGAAGUCCUGCCCCACAGGGCAAAUUAUUUGGUUUGAAUUUAACCAGAAAAUGAAAAAUACUUCAGUGAGAAGUAAGAGUCUUCAAGAGAAAUCUACACUACCUGGAUAUCUUUUUUUUUCCCCCCAUUCAAACUCCCAGCUGUUGUUGUUAAUUGUGUCUUUGAGUUAAAAAGACAGACCUAUCUGUAGAUGUCCUGGUGACAGUCAAAGCAAAAUGCGAUUCAUGUGCCUGGAGAAGGAGAUGAAACUGGUAGAGUGGACUCCUUUCCUUGGGGAAAAGCAAGGCACAGAAACUGGAAGCCUGCUUUGGAUCCUGGCCUCAGCUGGUCUGAACUGGCCUGGUGCCUUUUGCAUGGCUGAAGAUCAGAUGUUAAAUGGAUUGAGUCCUGGAGUGGCUGCAUGGGGACCGGUUUAAGACUGGGCUUCGUUGCUGGAGCAGUUAAGUGCCACUUCUGUGGAAAAUGUAAUGUGUCAUAAGGAAACCGAGAACAGAUGAGAUGAUGUCUGGGGCAGGGCAUCUCUUGGGUUGUAGAGAAAUGAAUGACAGAAAAGUCCUGUUAUGCCUGUGACGACGAUGCGCUGGAAAGAAAAUAGCUUCUCGGAGUCGACAAAAGAAACCAGGUUUUCUCUAAGAACAGAGAGACAGCUUAAGGGGACAUUCACCACAUGAAAUCUGAUCAACGUUAAAUCUGAGUUAAAAUUAGUUUCAGGAACGAUUCCUGCCCCUGAGGCUUGCUGUCAGAGGUUGUGGUUUUACAGUCUCAUUUUCCUAGUUUAUUAAAAUGUUUAGCUGCUUGGGAAAAUGAGAAACAAUCUCACGUGAAACUUUUCAGGGGUCUGCCUUUUUUUAUUCUCCUUCAUGAUUUUCCUGUGUAACUGUUAAAGUUUUGGAAAGGUUCCACUGGGUCUAUUAAAAUUUCUUUUCUUUCUC